AUGUCGUCCCCACGAACGAAAAACCUGGUCCCAUCGUGGAUCCAGACGCCCUAUCCACACGUCGAGCACUGCCUGAUCACCUUCCCGCGCAAGCACAUCCUGCUGGUCACCAUAAACAGGCCAGGUAACAUGAACUGCCUGCCCGUCGAGGCCACGAUUGAGCUGGGCGCGUUGUGGAAAUGGUACGACAGCGAGCCGGAGCUGCGGUGCGCCGUGUUCACGGGGGCAGGCAGGAAGGCGUUCUGUGCGGGCAUGGACCUCAAGCAGCGCUUCGACAUCCUCAAGACGGACAAUAUCGCGCACGAGUACCCGUCUGGCGGGUUCGGCGGGAUGAGCAAUCGCACGGGGAAGAAGCCGAUUGUUGCCGCAGUGAACGGCCACGCACAUGGCGGUGGCUUCGAGAUCGUGCUCAACGCAGACGUCAUCUUCGCCUCGCCCAACGCAGACUUUAGGCUGCCUGAGGUUCUGCGUGGAGUAGCUGCCUUGGCGGGCGCACUACCGCGAUGCAUGGUGUUGUUUGGCAACCACAGAGCUAUGGAUCUCUGUCUCACAGGCAGGGUUCUGACGAUACAAGAAGCCAAGGAGUGGGGUCUCGUCAAGGAGAUUGUGGCGCAAGAUAAGUUGCUUGACAGGGCCAUCGGAUAUGCCGCCGAAAUCGCGGCACUGUGUCCUGACAGUGUAAUCAUCUCGAGGCUGGCGGCAAGGGAGGCGUGGGAAACUGGUAUCAGCAGAGCGACCAUGAGAGGGCAGGAGAUUUACGCCGAGGCCAUGCUCAGGAGUCAGAACGCGGCAGAGGGGCUGGCAGCGUACAAGGAGAAGAGGGAUCCAAAGUGGCUACCUUCACAUCUGUAG